UGUCCACUGAUGUACCAAGAUGUAUUAAACAUUUGCAUGAAUUGAUUGACACGGCACAUAUGCGCAAUAAUCUUUUGGUCAAUUUGGCUUAUAAAAUAUACAAACAUUUGGACAUCAUCCAGAUAUAUUUUGACCACAAAAAUUUCAAGCAUGGCAUUUCUUAAAUAUCAUGGAUAAAUUGCAUUAGAAAGUGUUAAAACCUGUUUGAUUGAUUUUUAUAUUAAAUUAGAUUAUUUUGAUUAGUUUAAGUUAAACCCGCCCUUUUCUGUCAACUUAGUUUGGGGUAUUUUAGAUAUAGUGCACAGGUCUCGACAUUUACAGUUUUUAGUUACAAAGUAUCUUUCUGGUUCUUGGUUUUAGGAUUUAAAAAUAUGUGUUUCAGUUUUGAAAUAAAUCUUAAAUUGAAUAAAUUCCACUAUAAGAUUGGUAUUAAAUUACUUUUGAAACAAGAAUUUGCAAACGGGGGCUUGAAUAUGAUUGACCUACAAAUAUUCUAAACUGGAUAAUAUUAAUCUGGAUUAAAAGAAAAGCAAUAAAUUAGAUUAAUGGAUUAUGGAAAGGAAUAAGGCGCUAUGUAUACGUCAUUUCUCAUUAUGCUAUAUUUUAUAUUCAAUUUGAUAGCUCAUUGUUUACUGACGUCGUGUAAGUUACUUAAAUUCUGUGGUGUUCCAUAAUGUUCUAUCACAAAUACUGAUAAACAGGGUGUUACAGUUAUUUUUAAAUUUGUAUUAUUCUGAUUUUUUCCAGAAUCUUCUUUUUUUUGUUUUUGGUGUUAUAUGGAUGUUCUGAAAUCUUCUUGAUACUUUAGAUAGGAAGCUGUUUGAUGUCAGGUAGAACCUAGAAUAAGAGCUUAUUGGAGACCUUUCCUGUACUGCUUCCUUAUAGCAAAAUAUUAUAGGUUUGGACUUCUUAACUUUUGAUGGAUAUACACUAACAUUGAGGAUUAAAUUAAAAAAUAAUCUUCUGAAGAGAGGAUUUAUAUUCUUUGGAUAUACUAAAUUCAGUUUGGACUGUGUGUGAAAUAUUUGGAAUUAAUACUUUUUGGAUUUAAAUUUGACUAGGACAGGAUUUGGGUUAUUCUUGCUUAUUAUAAUGGGAAUUGAAAGCUCUUUUUCCAGUCCUAGACGUCCAAAAGCAGUGGUUUUGAUUUUUGUGCUGACAGUAUGGACUUUACUAGCAUUCAAAUUGUACAAUGCAAUCAUUUUAGACACGUCCAGACAAAUAUUAUCUUCGAAAACAGGCAACUCUGAGCUCAAAAAUAGUUACAGACCCCGUAUUGUCGACUCACGUGACACAUUGUUUAACAGCAUUAUAACGGAAAAAGAAGCACUCAUGUAUGAACCAUGCAAAAAUAUAAAAAACACGGCCUCGAUUAAUAGUUCACAAUUAUCAUUUUCAGAUUCCCAAAAUGGGACAUACUUAAUUGGUGAUAGAAUUCGAGCUGUUAUUAUACUGCAUGAUAGUUAUGGCAAACGUAAACAUUCAGGGGGCGACAUUUUGAGGGCAACAAUACAACAAAAAUUACUUAGUGCAUCAGCACCUUGUGAGGUUACUGACAACUUGGAUGGGUCGCAUACGCUAAUAUGUGAGGCAUUAUGGACAGGAACUUCAAUAAUAACCGCAAGUCUAGCUUAUGUUAGGGAGAAGAUUACAGCCAUUUAUCGAGUCGGAACACAAGUUUUAUCCUAUCGGGUUAUAGUUGGACAGUUCAGGAGCAGAAAUUACAGCCAAGAGACUCCAUGUCACCCUAACCACACACACCUGCUGAAGCUUACUAACUACACACGAUUUUGUAAUUUGACAUACCUAAACUCGGGGAUGCCGUUUUACUGCGGCAAACCGACAGAUGAGCAUUUGCUGUGCCAAGACUUGAUGUCCGUAAAAGCACGGAAUCCAUAUAAUAAGCCUUACCUCACCAAUUGUGAGAAAAUGUUAUGGAUCAGGGAGGACGAGCGUACGUUGAAGAAAACAUUAAAGGUUAAUGUCAAGAGCAGAGGAAACAAUAAAAUAUCUGUUAUAAGCAAGCCAACAAUCUAUUGUUCACAAUACAAUGUUUCCCUUCUAUGGCGGUCAAGAGGACCAACUGGUUUCUUCUAUAAUGGAACAUGGAAUCUUCGUAAUUGUCUUGUUAAGUACUAUAAUGUUAUUAAGUCUAUUAAAACAAAGCAUGUUACAGUAUCUUACAAUCAUUCAACAAUCCUAUUGUAUAGAUUCAGAAAGUGUUUUCCCUUUUCUUAUACCUAAGCAAAUAGAUCUUCUAACAUAAAAUUCCUAAAGUAACAAGGCUUAUACGACUGAUGUCCACAUGCGCUAAAUUUGAAAGUCUGUUUUCAUAUGCAU